UAUUUUUUUGUUUCUCACUGUCGAGCCCGAGGUACCGAAUAUCUAUACUACCAUGCGAGCGACCAAAAGCUCUGAGGAGAAGCAUGUGGCCUUCUUGGCAUUCCCAUUCGCCAGCCACGCCUCCGUCGGUCUGAGUCUGCUGCGUAAAUUAGCGGCCGCCGCCCCGAACGUUCACUUUUCAUUCUUAAGCACAGCGAAGUCCUCCCACUCGCUCUUGUCAAAAUCAAGUGCUGAGGACGUUCCACGUAACAUAAAGUUCUACCAAGUGGCAGACGGAGUCCCCGAGGGUCACGUGUUUACGGGGAAGCCAUUAGAGCCUGAAAACCUUUUUCUCAGGGCCACGCCCGGGAUUCUCAGAAAGGGUAUAGACAUGGCGGCGGCGGAGACCGGUAGGAGAAUCACCUGCUUGGUCUCCGACGCAUUCUUGAGUACUUCCGCCUCGGAGAUUGCCGAGGAUAUGAGUGUUCCAUGGAUCCCUGUUUGGACAUCUUUUCCAUGCUGUCUCUCCGCUCACAUUUAUACGGACGUCAUUCGCGAGCGUUGUGUUGGUAGUGGAACGGUGGAUUUUAUUCCGGGGUUGCCCGCCAUGCGUGUUGCUGAGUUACCCCAGGAGGUGAUGGUCCGGGAGGGCGAAGAAGAGUCGCUUUUCUCACGCACGCUAAGUCAAAUGGGUUCCACGCUACCACGAGCUACUGCUGUCGUUAUCGGUUUCUUUAAAGAACUGAACUCUCCCCCUCUGAAUCAUGACCUUAAAUCAAAGCUUCAGAAGGUACUUCAUGUCGGCUUUUUAUCCAUAUCGCUGCCGGCGCCGCCUUUACAACCGUCGAGUUCGGAUCUAACAGGCUGCUUGUCGUGGUUGGACGAGAAAAAAUCGGGAUCAGUGGCGUAUGUUGGAUUUGGAACUUUGGCUUCGCUGCCGCGUGAGGAGCUAAUAGCAGUGGCGGAGGCACUCCAAACGACUGGAGUUCCAUUUCUUUGGUCUCUUAACGACAAGUCAAAGGAAUUCUUGCCGAAAGGGUUUCUUGAGAAGACUAAGACGCAUGGAAAAGUAGUGCCAUGGACACCGCAGACACAGGUACUGGCGCACGCUUCUAUAGGCGUGUUUGUGACACACUGUGGAGCAAACUCUGUCUGCGAGAGUAUUGCAAACGGGAUUCCGCUCAUCUGCAGGCCUUUCUUCGGCGAUCAUUACAUGGUCGGCCGGAUGAUACAGGAGUGGGGGAUUGGUGUCAGAGUUGAGGGAGGUGUGAUCACGAAGAAUCGGCUGGUCAAGAGCUUGGAACUCGUUUUGGGAGAAGAACAAGGUAAGGUGAUGAGGGAGAAGGCGGAAGCACUGAAAGAGGUUGUGUUAAAAGGUGUUGACAGUGCUAAGAAAGACUUGAAUAGUUUGGCAGAUCUAAUCUCUGCGUCCUAAAGUUUAACCAGCUGUUCUCGGUUCCAUGGCAUCCAUGGCGGUUCUUCGCUUUCUACUUCAAUACUGAAUAAAAUAUUAUCUAUCACUUUCAUGUAUGUCAUCCCUUUUAACUUUUUGCGUAAAUAUCUAUGCCCCGGAGACGAAGGGCUUGUUUGGAA